UCCAAUCAAACGAGAGAAGAUAUAACUACCAGAACUCAAAAAGAAACCAAACAACCCCAAAAAUGUGAUUGUGACAGUCCCCAGUCUACGUCACACACAGUUCCGUUUCGUAACCUCCCGCAUAUUCUCCAUUUUAUACGCCCAAAUCUAAUUUAAAAAUUAUAAUAAUUAUUAUAAUAAUUAUUAUCCCCUAUCCCUCCCUUGUUCUAAACUCAACACACAAACAAAAACCCCAACUCUAGAUUUUUAUUCUCUUUCUUUCUCGUUAAAUUCCAAUUAGGUUAGGAAUAUGGAUUAUCAUUGUAUUGAAUCAAUUGAUUGAUUAUUAUUUGUUUCAAAAUCCGCAAGAAGCUAUCCUGUCCCUCGCGGCAAUGGAGUUCAUACAGAGGCGCGUGGAGCCGUGGAUCAGGGACCAGGGAGCGAAGCUGAUGAAGGUGUCGUGGGGACCACUCCAAUGGCGGAUGAAGUGGCCAUGGACAAGCCACAGGGAGAACAAGAAGAGGAUCCAUGAGGAGUACGAGCGGCGCCGGAAGCAGCUCCAUGAUCUCUGCCUCGCACUUAAGGCUGAUUCCGUCUCUGAUUUGCAGGAUCUCCUUUGUUGCAUGGUUCUCUCCGAGUGCGUUUACAAGAGACCUGCCACCGAGAUGAUUAGAGCUGUAAAUAAAUUUAAGGCUGAUUUUGGAGGACAUAUUGUUGCAUUGGAACGGGUGCAACCUUCGUCAGAUCAUGUUCCUCAUAGGUAUUUGUUGGCUGAGGCAGGAGACACUUUAUUUGCUUCUUUUAUAGGGACAAAACAAUAUAAGGAUGUAAUUGCUGAUGCAAAUAUACUUCAAGGUGCGAUCUUCCAUGAGGAUGCUCCUGAGGUGGCAGAUGGAUGUGCACAUGCUGAAUCUGAUAAGGGUGAAAACUUAAAUGGAAAAGAAUAUAUGUGGAACCCUUUGGAGUCAAGGCCUAAACAAAUAAAUAGUAAAUCUAAACCUGCUGCUCAUAGGGGUUUCUUGGCUCGUGCUAAAGGAAUACCUGCUUUAGAAUUGUAUAGGCUUGCUCAAAAGAAGAAACGCAAGCUUGUUUUAUGUGGUCAUUCACUUGGUGGAGCUGUAGCCGCAUUAGCUACUCUUGCCAUUUUGAGAGUAGUUGCUGCUUCAUCUUCAUCAAAGGAAAAUGAGAAAGUCUCUAUCAAAUGUAUAACAUUUUCUCAGCCUCCUGUAGGAAAUGCUGCUCUGAAGGACUAUGUUAAUAGAAAAGGUUGGCAGCACUAUUUUAAGAGUUACUGCAUCCCGGAAGAUUUGAUUCCUCGUAUUUUAUCUCCUGCUUAUUUCCACCAUUAUAAUAAUGCUCAGCCUCAGUCAGUGCUUUCUGAAAAUGAAACUAAUGGGUUAUUAUCGUCAAAGAGGGGCCAAGAUUCAGAGAAGCCGAAAGAGAAUGAUGGAGAGCAGUUGGUUUUGGGGGUAGGUCCUUUGCAUAAAUCCUUCUGGAGACUCUCAAAGCUGGUACCCUUAGAAUCCGUACUGAGACAAUUUAGUAAACGAGAGAGACAAAUUAAUUCUAUUGAAACAAAUUCGAUGCCUGGUUCUCUUGCUAGUACUUUGAUUGAGGAGGAAGUAGUUGAACCACAAUCACUUGAAAUACAAGAGGAUUCUGACGGCAUAUCACUCAAGCCUUUUCCAGACAGUGACAAACAUUCGUUGGAGUUGGCAAAGAAUGGAAAAACAAAUACAAAAGGCAAUAUUGUAACUGGAGACGAAAGAAAAUGGCGCAGAGUUCCAUAUUUACCUUCAUAUGUGCCAUUCGGACAGCUUUAUUUAUUGGGAAAUUCCUCAGUAGAGUCACUAUCAGGUGCGGAGUACUCAAAACUGACAUCGGUCAAAUCAGUGAUUACGGAAUUGAGGGAAAGAUUACAAUCUCAUUCAAUGAAAUCAUAUAGAUCUAGAUUCCAAAGAAUCUAUGAUUUGUGUAUGAGUGAAAAUUUCCUAGGGAUUGAGCAAUGGCAGCAGUUUCCUCAUCUACAACAAUGGCUUGGCCUUGCAACUGCAGGGACUGUGGAGCUCGGGCAUAUAGUCGAGUCUCCUGUUAUUCGCACUGCAACUACAAUUGUUCCUCUCGGAUGGGAUGAUGGGCCUGGAGCGAAAAAUGGAGAACCUCUAAAAGUUGAUAUUACUGGUUUUGGGUUGCAUCUCUGUACAUUGGUUCAUGCCCAAGUUAAUGGUAACUGGUGUUCGACUUCAGUUGAGUCCUUUCCUUCUGCCCCAAAGUAUUCUUCAAAUCAAGGAAUUCAGCCGGAAUUACAGAAGAUGAGAAUAUUAGUUGGUGCUCCACUAAGAAGGCCACCAAAGCAUCAAACUUUGUUAGAUUCAUUGUUGCCCGUGUUCACUUCUGUUGAUUCUGAGCUUGCUAGGAACUUAGCACCCAUUGACAAGGAUAAGUUUAUCCGUCCGGAAAGUUUAAAUAACUUCUCAAUAUUCUGCACUAGUGAUUUUUCAACGGUUUCUAAAGAGGUUCACAUCAGAACUCGUAGGGUACGAUUAAUUGGGAUGGAGGGUGCUGGUAAAACUACUCUUUUAAAGGCAAUCUUGAAUAAACGUAAAUCCAACAUUUCCUCCAUAGAGGAUGCACUUUUGGAUGUUGAUGUACCGGAAGGUAUUGCUGGUGGUUUGUGCUACUGUGAUUCCUCUGGAGUAAAUAUGCAGGAACUUACCAAGGAAACUUCUUGCUUCAGGGAUGAUUUGUGGCUUGGAAUCCGAGAUCUAAGUAGGAAGACAGAUUUAAUUGUUCUUGUUCACAACCUAUCCCAUAGCAUACCUCGAUAUAGUAAUUCAAAUAGCUCACAACCAAAGCCUGUCCUUUCACUUUUCUUGGAUGAGGCCAAGUCUCUUGGAAUUCCAUGGGUUCUCGCAAUAACAAAUAAAUUUGCAGUUAGCGCACACCUUCAAAAGGUAGCGAUCAAUGCUGUUUUGAAAGCUUACGAAGCAUCUCCUAACUCAACCGAAGUUAUAAAUUCCUGUCCAUAUGUUAUGCCUGGUUUUGCUGGGGCCACUCUAUCAUGGGAUCCAAACAAUGCAGAUUCUGUUAAAAAGAUGGGUCCUCAAAAGCUUUUAUUGGCUCCUAUUAAUUUUGUUAAAAGGCCCUUCCAGAGGAAGGAGAUAGUUCUUCCAGUUGAAGGUGUCGACUCUCUUUGUAAACAAAUCCACCGGGUACUUCGCAGUCAUGAGGAGUCUUCAUUACAGGAAUUUGCCAGAGACAGACUUAUGUUGGAGUUGGCAAGAGAACAAGCAAUGUCAAGUGAUGCAAGUAGAGAUGCUCGAGCUAAGGCGAAUUCAUUUAAUUCUGCUGCUGUGGGUGCAUCUGUUGGUGCUGGUCUUGGCAUUGUCCUUGCCAUUGCAAUGGGGGCAGCAUCUGCCCUGAGGAAGCCCUAAGUUCCCAAUUUCCUCUCUUGACAAUGAGUUGGUGAUUGCCGUGUUCAAAUGUUUGUUGCUAGGACUUCAUUCUUUGUUUAGAUAAAGAUAGAAUAGACUCUUUUUUUUUAAUCCCCCUCAAGGGAAAAAAAGGUGAAAUCAGGAAGAGACUUAUUUGUGGGCAAGAUUUAAUUCCUUGCUACUAGCAACAUAUAAUUAAUUAUUUAUUUAUUCAAGUAUAGAUCCAUAAAUUAUUUA